AGGUCAAUGCUCUUCUUUCCCAUUGGUGUAUCAGAAUUCAGAAGACUUCCUUUUUUUCCUUUCCUAUAGUUUCGGUAAUGGGGUUUCAAUGAAUUGGGAAAGAAAAAAAAUUAGUUCGUGGGCUUUCAUUUCUCUCCAAUGGGCAUUAAAGAUGUGGUUUUUCUUCUUCUUUGUCUUUGCAUGCUAACUUUCAUCAGUUUUCCCACUUCUAGUACACCGGUGGUGUGCUACGACAGCGGAAAUUUUACGGCCAAUGACACGUAUGGGAGGAACCGCGAACUCAUCCUCUCUUCUCUCCCCUCUAAAAUCCCAGAAAACGGGGGUUUCUACACUGCCUUCGUUGGAGAAGAACCUAACAGGAUUUACACUUUGGGGCUAUGCAGAGCCGAUUCUUCAUCUGAUGUUUGUUUCAGGUGCGUCAAUUCCACAAUCGCAGUUAUUAUCUCAAAGUGUCCAAACCAGAAGGAAGCAAUUUCAUGGGGAGGGGAUCCUCCCUGUAUAAUACACUAUGCAAACCGCUCCUUUUUCGGAAUCCUUGAGCUGUCUCCCACUGAUUCAGGGUGUAAUGUGAAUAAUCUCACCACAAAUUUGACACAAUUUGAUCAGAUUUGGGAGAAUUUAGCAGACGGUAUAGUGAGAAGAGCUUCUGCUGGAACGUCUAGGCUUAAGUUUGCCGCAGGAGAGGCAAAGUUAACAUCUUUUCAAACAAUUUAUGCCUUAAUGCAGUGUACUCCAGAUUUAUCUCAAGGGGAUUGUGAUUUGUGCCUGAGGCAAUCCGUAAGUGAUUACCAAACAUGCUGCCAUGGGAAACAAGGAGGUUUUGUUCAGAAACCCAAUUGUUUCUUCCGAUUGGAUUUGUAUCCCUUUUAUGAAUAUCUUUCACCUCCACCUAGCAUUUCUCCUCCGGAUGCAAUUGGAAAUUCAACUAAUACAACUACCCCAAAAGUUUAUGCAGACAAGAAAGACAUUACUACUCCAACUGUUAUUGCUCUUGUUGUUUCAACCAUUGCUUCCAUAGCAAUUGUAGCCAUCGCUUGUGCUCUUCUCCGAAGGAGACGGAAACCAAAGCUGGAAAUUGAGGGCAUGGAUGACAGUGAUGGAGCUAAUGGUGCCAAGUCCCUACAAUUUAACUUUGCCACAAUAAUGGUUGCAACCGAUAACUUCUCAAUCAAGAACAAGCUAGGACAGGGUGGUUUUGGUGCUGUUUAUAAGGGUAGGCUUCAGGAUGGACAAGAUAUAGCCGUGAAGAGGCUCUCAAUAAAUUCUGGACAGGGAGAACUAGAAUUUAGGAACGAAGUCAAGUUAAUGUCAAGACUUCAACAUAGAAAUUUGGUUAGGCUCCUAGGUUUUUGCUUGGACGGGAAUGAAAGACUUCUCAUCUAUGAGUUUGUUCCUAACUCAAGCCUUGAUCACUUCUUAUUCGAUCCAAUCAAACGAUUGCAACUAGAUUGGAACACAAGAUACAAAAUCAUAGGAGGAAUAGCUAGAGGAAUUCUAUACCUUCAUGAAGAUUCUCGACAUCGAAUCAUCCAUCGUGAUUUAAAAGUUUCCAACAUUUUGUUAGAUGCAGAUAUGAAUCCUAAAAUUUCAGAUUUCGGAAUGGCAAGGUUAUUUUUAGGGGAUGAAACACAUGUUGAUACACGUAAUGUUGUUGGAACAUUUGGAUAUAUGGCUCCAGAAUAUGCGAUGAAUGGGAAAUUUUCAGCAAAGUCUGAUGUUUAUAGCUUUGGUGUGCUAGUUUUGGAAAUCAUCAGCAGUCAAAAAAUCUAUUUCAGUAAUGGAGAAGAAGGGGAGUCUCUUGUCACCUAUGCAUGGAGAAACUGGAUGCAGGGGACUACUCUGAAUUUUGUAGAUUCCAUUUUGAGGGAUGGCUCAAGGAGCGAAAUGAUGAGAUGUAUCCAGCUAGGCUUACUAUGUGUUCAAGAAAAUGUUGCUAGAAGACCAACCAUGGCCUCUGUUGUUCUCAUGCUUAGUAGCAAUUCUGUAUCGCUUGAAGUGCCUUCAAAACCAUCAUAUGUUCCACUCUCUGUUGUGGAGUCAGAGGCAUCUGCAAGCGCACCAGCUCAAUUCAGUGAACGAAGCUUCAAUUUCCGAUCUAGAACCUCGAUAGAGUUUAUGAGCGACUUGUCUCCUAGGGACACUAUUCACUAAUUAUAGAAACAUUGUAGAACCUAUGGAAACAGCUUCAAUAUUAAGCGUUACUUCAAAGAAUCAUUGAAUUGUACACUACCUAUUAUGGAUUUUUUAAGGGGGAGAGAUAACAGUAGAGGAGGAGAAACACCUGGAGUUCACUCUUUGAAUGAGAUGAAGCUCCAAUAUUUCAUUCAUCCGCUGCCAUAAACAGAGACCAUAAAAUACAAAAACAAUAUUUUCUACUUAACAUUAUGCUUUUCGCUACCUGAAACAUUGACUAAAUCUAACACAAUUGCAACUAUGUAUGGCAGCCCAUAUGCAACAAUGUCGCUGCCAUUAGUUCUAUCCUUCUUCUGCUGUCAUUUGGCUGUCCCUUGCUCUCAUAAGUGCAGCCGUCAUUUGCAUCUCAUUUUGCAUUGCAGUUGCUGCCAAAAUAUUGCAGCUUUGACACCGCUGCCCCAAUACUAACAAGGGUAUACUCUAGUAAUGGAUGCAUCAUUCACCGAGCAAGAGGUUGAUUUGUCCGUAUUCCUAUCCCGCUCCAGCUCCACACUACCACUACUUAGUCCUGUGAUACUGCCAAAGAAGAAUGCAUUCUUUUGAAGUGCAGGAAGAGUAACAGAUGAACUGCUAAGCAUGGAAACUACUCUUGUCAUGGUUGGUCUUGCAGUUGGGUUUUCUUGAACACAAAGCAACCCAAUCUGAAUACACCUGGUAACUUCGUUACUCACAUUAGAUUCUCUUAAAGUUGGAUCCAUUAAUUCCAAUACCGUCCCACCUUUCCAAUGUUUCCAUGCCUGCAAUAAAUAAUGAAAUUUGGA